AUGAUUAGAAUAAACGGGGGACACACCAAGUAUGGUGUAAAGCCGACAUCGCGACAGAGGGAGGAUCGCUGUAACAUUCACUUCGGGCUUGAUGGCGAGGUUCGCGACCCGGCGUCUGAGGCCAAGAAGGCACGAAUAGCCGCCGACAAGCCCCACCGACACCUAUCUACUUCAACACCAUUUUCAGCCCUGCGUCCAGCUCGCACACGCACGAAACUUGCGUCGAGUGCUAUGUUCACCCUUUUGCUCGUGUAUCAUACCACGAGUCCAGCUUGUCCUUCUGAUGACACGUCGCCAUACUGCCCAGGAACCCGCAGACUCUCUGAUCCAAGAAACCUCUCCCACAGCUAUCACAACCUCAUACUUCACUGUCUGGCUUUCAUAGAGCUGUUCAACAGUUCCUUCCACCGAUGCUACGAAAAUUCUUUACUUCAUAUCAAUGGUUUCGCCUUGGACACAGCAUGUUCCUCAAUCAUAGUACUAGAAAUAUACUUCAAUUAUUGUUUACCGCAGACCUAUCUCGCGCAGUUUCCUAUCUUGAGGGGCGGUAUUCAUGCCACAACGCUUUUCCUCUCGUCAGGCCACUCAGCAAAUUCCGUCGCACAAUUUAAGUUUGUUAUCGCUUCGUUUACUCAUCACCACGGAUCUAUUACUACCCUCAUGUUAGAGAGGGUCACAAUCACUAAUACCGAAACCUUCGCCCUACACGGCCAAGGCAAAAUCCCUCGCCUAGCCAUCCACAGGGCCCAUAAUGGAAUGCUCUCAUUACCCACCGAGCGGGGCUCAUCAUUGAAAUCAAGAAUGUCGAAUGAUCCCAGAUUGAACCCCCUUCAUUGGUGCUCCGUGUCUCUGGAGUUGGGGGUAAUAUGUGCUCAGACAUUCGAAUCCGUUGUUGGGUACCUAAAUUGUCUUCGGUUGUUUAGGCAAAUUUCCUAUUUAGGCCGUUCGAACAAGCUACGCACUACCAAUCAAGAACGGCAGGUACCGGCAGUGUGGGAGACUAAGUUCUUGGGCUUCUUGUUCCGUCACAAUGCAGCCAUCUCGCUUCUUGGCUCGAGGCCGUUCAGUAAUCGCCAACCAAGUGCUAGGGCCUUUCAAGCAUCCUGUGCAGUCACUGAACUCACAGGGUGUCUAGUUUUUAAGCAUCUUAGAGUCUACCCCGCAUUCUGCAUGCCCAUAUUUCUGCAUUCAAUUACUAGCUGCUCUCAUUCCUUCUUCCACAACGUAGCACCUCGCGACUACCCCUCCCCACCCAUCAGCGAAGGAGCAACCAUCCUGCACGAUGCCGGGACUGGAUCUCCGGAACGCUUUCCUCCGACUCCACUAAUACCAAACCGACAUCCUGCACCAAUAAGAACUAGAGAACGAUAUCCAAGAUUCAAGCAGGAGUCGGUCAAGCAGGAGGGUCAAGUAGGACCACAAGCUCAGCGAGGCUUCGCAUCCAUUGGGCUGGGAGAUUUUCUUGGGCUCUAG